AUGGGGAAUAUCUUUGCAAACCUCUUCAAGGGCCUUUUUGGCAAAAAAGAAAUGCGCAUUCUCAUGGUGGGCCUAGAUGCUGCGGGAAAGACCACCAUCCUGUACAAACUGAAGCUGGGUGAAAUUGUGACCACCAUUCCUACUAUUGGCUUCAACGUGGAGACCGUGGAGUACAAGAACAUCAGCUUCACUGUGUGGGACGUGGGCGGCCAGGACAAGAUCCGGCCUCUGUGGCGCCACUACUUUCAAAACACACAAGGUCUCAUCUUUGUGGUUGACAGCAAUGACAGAGAGCGUGUGAAUGAGGCCCGUGAGGAGCUCAUGAGGAUGUUAGCAGAAGACGAGCUCAGGGACGCCGUUCUGCUCGUGUUUGCUAACAAACAGGACCUCCCCAAUGCCAUGAACGCGGCCGAGAUCACGGACAAGCUGGGCCUACACUCUCUGCGCCACAGGAACUGGUACAUUCAGGCCACCUGUGCCACCAGUGGGGACGGGCUUUACGAGGGACUGGACUGGCUGUCCAAUCAGCUCCGGAACCAGAAAUGA